AUGCCUGGGCGUUGUCCAUUAUCCGCAGAGAGUGCCUGGACACUGAUGCAGGAUGUCGUGGCCAUACGUCGCGUCUAUUUCAGCCCAUUGAGCAAGUUUCCCGGUCCAACGAUUGCAGCUCUGACCACAUGGUAUGCUGCCUAUCAUGACAUUGUUCGCGGCGGCCAGUACACCUUUGUCAUCGAGGAGAUGCAUCGCAGAUACGGACCCGUCGUGAGGGUCAUGCCUGACGUCCUGCACGUCAACGAUCCAGCCUUCGUCGACCAGCUCUACGCCCCGCAGUCCUCGUCCCACCGUCGCGACAAGGCCUGGACCGUCCUCAACUUCUUCCAGACGCACUAUGCCUCCAUCUCCACGGGACCCCACGACCUCCACCGGCCGCGCCGCGCCGCCAUGGGCCGCUUCUUCUCCCAGCAAAACGUCCGCCGACUGGCGCCCGUCAUAGACGAGACGCUCGCCGACCUCCUGCGGCGCUUUGAAGGGUUCGCGCAGACCGAGACACCCUUCGUCAUCAACCCUGCGCUGCAGGCGGCCACCAAGGAUGUCAUCCAGAACUAUGCCCUCGGAAAGGGUGUCAAGUGUCUCGACCAGGAGGACUUCAACGCCGCGUUCUUCCGGGUGUCGAAACCUGAGCGCCUGGCCUACGCUGGAGUCCACUUCCAUGCUGUCUUGGGCAUCUUGAACAGCAUGCCGGCGUCUCUCUUCAAGCGUCUGAGCCCUCAGCUGGCGAGCUUCAUCAUGUUCCUCGAGGGCCUCGCAGCCGAGAUCGAGGACAUCAAAAAGUCCAAGGACGAUCCGGAGAGGAAUACAAUCUUCCACGAAAUCAUCCGAAGCGACGUCUCCGAUUUUGAAAAGAGCACACCGCGCCUCGUCGACGAGGCCAUGGUCAUCACCAUUGCCGGAGCCGACACGACGGCCUCCGUCCUGACGGCCCUCAUCUGCCGUGUUCUGCACGACCGGCCCAUCUUCGACCGCCUGCGCCGUGAGCUUGACUCGGCCAUGCCAGACCCGACGCAGCCCCCGGACCCGAUCAAGCUCGACGCGCUGCCCUACCUCAACGCCCUCAUCGAAGAGUGUCUGCGUCUGUACGCGAGCGCGACACACCGCCAGGACCGCGUCGCGCCGGACGAGGAUCUCAUUUUCCAGUACGCCGAUGGCAGCGGCACGGCGGUCAUCCCGCGCGGAACGAGCGUCGGCAUGACGGCGCGGAUGCUCAACCGCCACAGCGCGUGGUUCGGCGACGACGCCGACGAGUUCCGGCCGGAGCGCUACCUCGAGAACCCGGCGCUCCUGCGGCGCUCGCUGACCUUUUCCAAGGGCGGCAGGCAGUGCAUUGGCAUGAACCUGGCGUACCAGGAGCUGCAGACGUUCACGGCGGGCCUCUUUCGCCGGUACGGCGUCUAUGACCCGCAGGUCGAGGAGCAGGGCGGGCCGACGCUGGAGCUGUUCGAGACGACGCUGGAUGAUGUGAGGAUUCACGCGGAUUACGUGACGCCCGGGGCGCCGCCUCGCAGCCGUGGUGUCUGCGUGCAGAGACAUGAUUCACCCCACGAUGCGCAUGAGCAUGGGCAGGAGACGCAUCGCGUCGGUCGCAGCGGGCGCUUGAAGUCCAAGUCGAAGCACAAGCGCAGGACGAGCUCGUCGGCGUCGUCCGUGACGAGCUCCUCCUCCGACAACGGCAGCCUCAACCUCAAGGACAAGGCCAUCCGGAAGGCCAAGACGAUCAAGCACAAGGCCGUCGCCAAGCUGCCCGGCGGCCUCGACAGGACCCCGCUGCCCGACGCGCCGCCGGGCUUCACCGUCAAGUUCAUCUUCCACCGCGCCGAGCACCUGCCCGUCGCCGACCUGUCGACGUGGUCGUCGGAUCCCUUCGUCCACGCCACGCUGAAGACGCCGCUCGUCACGCGGCACGAGGAGGACCCGGAUCUCACGUGGCGGUCGCGCACCAUUCGACGCACGACGAAGCCUGUCUGGGAGGAGGAAUGGAUCGUCGCCAAUGUCCCGGCGAGCGGGUUCACCCUGAAAUGCCGCAUCUACGACGAGGACUACCCCGACUCGGACGACCGGCUCGGCAACGUCACCAUCGAGGUCGACGGCAUCAGCGAGGACUGGGAAGGCGUGCCGCCACCGGGCAGGGAGUACAAGGUCAGGAAACGCUCGGCACACAAGGGCGUCUACCUCGUCCGCGCCCUGUACAGCGGGCACGACCACUACACGCCCAGCUUGUGGGUGAGCAUGCAGGUGCUCGGCGUGUCGCCGCCGCCGCAUGCGCAGAUCUACACUGUCGGGCCGUCCAUGUCGAUCAAGCACUUCAGUCCGACGAUCGGGCUGUUGACGGGGACGCGUGUCAAUGUCAACGCAGACGACGAUUAUGAGUAUGCAGACGUCGAGGAAGGGUGCCACCACGUCAAGCACGCACAGAGAUAUGACUUCCAGUCAAGCGAGAUGCAGCUCGCCGGCCCAGUGCCGCCCGAGCUGUACCACCGCUACGUCGAGUUCCGCCACAUCAUCGGCUCCAUGUUCACGUCCAAGGGCCUCCGCGGCCGCAUCCUCAGCCGCGCGCUGCACAAGCAGCACAGGCGCGUGUACCGCCACAAGGUCACGUCCGAGAUCAAGACCCUCACGCCGUGCACCGUCGAGGCGUCGACCGAGCUGCUGCGCCUCGCCCACUACGGCGACGGCGGCCGCAUCUUCACCUACGUCCUGACCCUCGACGGCCGCUUCCGCUUCACCGAGACGGGCAAGGAGUUCAGCAUCGACCUGCUGAGCAAGCACACCAUGCACAGCGACGUCGCGCGCUACGUCGCCUGCGCCGGCGAGUUCUUCAUCCAGCGACUCGAGCGGCCCCACACGCCGUCCUCCACAUUCUCCUCCUCCUCCGGCGCCGGCGGCAUCCCCGCCGCCGACGACGACCGCGGCAGGGCGCGGUUCGCGAACCUCGCCAUCUCAGGCAACUUCCGCGAACACCUCGACGCGACGCCGUCCAACAGCCCGUCCUACUACCAGCUCAUCAUCGACAACGAGUCGGGCACCUACCGGCCGGAUAAGUCGAUCCUGCCCAUCUUCGCGGCGUAUCUGCGCCAGAAUUUCCCGGGGCUGAACAUUCGCACCAUGGCCGUCGGGGACGAGGAGCUCGCGCGACUCAAGAAGAACCAGGCUGACGUGAAGCACAACCGGCCCGGCGGCGUCAGGAUUGUGCGCAUGCGGAGUCCCAGCUCAAGCGGGAGUUCGUUUAGUUCGUGA